AUGGAUUCCGCAGGGGAGGGGACAGAGAGAGGAGAGAGGAAGCUCUCGGCCUGCGACGUGGAAGCCCUGAAGAGGUGUCUGCAAGAGAACAAGGGAGACCACCGGAAGUGCCAGACGCAGGUCGACGCCUUCAAGGUCUCCUGCUCCUCCAAGAAGCCUUCUUCUCCGCAGAAGCAGUCCCGCUGA